AUGGCGCUUGAUUUGACUCCUCGGUUUAGAAGGUUGAACAGCCAAACUCGAAGCUUUCGUGAAAAUCUACAGCAUGGCUUCUCUGGGCCCUUUGGUGCCACCCAGCUGUGGCACAACAUCAUCCAAGCCCUACAGACUCAAGUGGAAGUACGCAGCUGCAGGAGACAUUUACGUGUUUACGCUGAAUGUUUCACAGGCUCAGACGCUGUGGACGCAGUUCUCAGUUACUUGAUGCAGAACGUGGCAUUUUGCACAAGUGAAGUUUCUCGUCUCAAAGCUGCUCGGCUCUGUCAGGCUUUGAUGGAGGCGAAGGUAUUUGAACCAGUAGGCACAAAGCUGUUUCGCAGGGACAAGGAGGUGACCUUUGAGGACAGCAGCUGCAGUCUUUACCGUUUUCUGGAAUACAAAGGAUUUUCGAAUUCUGAUGUGAAGGGAAACAUUGAUGCAGAAAACAUACUGCCAGAACAACAGGAGAUAAAAAAGAAGAGGAGCUCAAGGAGGCUGAAUGAAUUAAGAACAAUUGCCAAUCCUCUUGCUGUUGGAUCUUCAGACAGAAGGGUGGAAAGAUUGCUAAGGGCCAUCAAUCUGCAGCCAUCCUUGUCUGCAGCUCACAACAGAACCACCACAUCUUCUACCUUUCUUUCCAAAACCGUGUCAGAUCAGGUUUGGAAGCAGCAAACCGUGUUGCAGCUGCUGCAGUUAGUAGAAUUGCCAGUGUUGGACUGCAUUCUUACCUCUCCUGAAAGAGUUCAUCCUCAAACCUGCAAAGCUUCUCUGGCCAACCAGGAUCUGGUUAUCUCUAACACAUGCUUGGAACGAGAGCUGUCUGACACCCUUCCCCUACCCCAGUUGGAUGAGUGGCUGUCAGCAGCAGCAGACUGUUUGGAACUCUUUCCCGACCAGCUGAUCGUGGUUGCAGGAGAACAGCUAAGCCUGCAAUGUGGAAAUGCGUCUUUGGAGGAUCCCAGUGCAGAACAUAUGACAAGCAAGAAGAGGCUGUUGUUUGAUACCAUUGCCAAAUACUACAGUGGACAAGAAAAAUCUCCACUCAUUUCAGGGCGUUACCUGGACAUACAUAUUGCAGUUCUGAAUUUACUGGAUGAAGGGAAGCUACAGGAUGCCAUCAAAGCAUCUCAAUUGUGUUUGCGGCUGCUGGAAACAAGUCUGAGAGAUGAACUGCAAAGACUUCUGGCCUUCAUGGCGAUAGCAGCUCGCUCAGAUGCUUGCCGUCUUCAGAAACAGACUGAUAACAGAUCCUUGGUGUGCCGCACAUUUCAGAGAGCUCUUGUUCAGAAUCAUGAAUUGACUCGAUCACAAAGUGAAGCUCUGGUGUUCUUUCUCAUGGACAAUCACUCUGAGCUCUUCAAGACACCUACAACCCUUAUUGAAGCUGUGAGGAGAACACUGAGGACUGUGCAGCAGGGAAAAGAUCCUGACUCAUUUGCUACGUUCACCUUCUGCCAGCAGGUGACUCCACAGGAAUACGAGGACCAGCGUGAGGCUACCACCCUGGAGAGCCUCAAACAACUUCUUCAUGACAUUUCCUCGAGCAAGAGGAUGUCUGCCAAGGAGAAGAGGAGGAUGCUCAAAGAAUUUGAAAAGCAUCACCCCGUGGUCUUCCUGCAGCACUUUUCUAGCACUUUCUGAAACACACAAGUAGCUGGGACUGGUUUGACUUCAUGGGUGUACCUACAAAUUCACGCAGUUUCAGGAUUUU